AUGGUGACGCUGGCCGGCAUUGGCUUCACGUAUCUUGGAAUGGCGCAGCUGUUCAUAUGUUUUCAGGCUGGCUACAGUGGGCUUUUGACAUUCGCGGUGAUGCUGCUCGUGUUCUUUGGCGGUUUCAAGACCGAUCCUGUUCCUGCAUCCGUGGCAAUUUUGGCAGUUGGGUUUGUCGGGGGAUGGCUGUCUUUCCAACGGUGGGAGGGUGGUGGGAGUAUAGAAGCUGUCUCACAGUCCUUCGGCGCAGUUGGCUUCUACAUCCCAAGUCUGCUUGACGCAGAAUCGCUCAGCGUAGUUCCAGAGGUACUUGGCGAAAAUCUGGCAAUGAUCUUGCCAGUGUCGUUCACCGGUGCCCUGGGUACGUUGCUCUGCGUGUAUGGUGCUGCAGAGGCGGGCGAUGUCUAUUCUAUACGGGAGACAAUGAUCGUCGAUGGGGCCACUACAAUGCUUGCAGCCAUCUUUGGAUCGCCGCUCGGAACAUGUGUAUACAUUGGACACCCGCAAUACAAGUCGCAGCACGGCGGAGUGUAUUAUUCUGUCCUUAGUGGGUUGAUGUUCAGUGCCCUCUCGAUAACUGGUAUGUUUGCCGCUCUGAGUGCCUUCUUGCCUCCGUACGCCACUGCUCCGAUGAUCUUGUUCGUCGGCUUGGCAAUUAACCAGGACACGUUCUCCAUUUGCCCGCCAAGACACAUCCCAGCCGCCAUCGUGGGCGUCUUUCCCGCCGUCGCAGAUUGGAUACUCUCCUUCUGGCCCUCGGGGCAAGUGCAUCCCCCUCCCGCCCUCUACGCGCUGGGUAAGGGCGCCCUGCUCACUGGCUUGAUCUGGACGUCUGUCACGGUCUUCGUCAUCGAUCAGCGCUUCAAGGAGGCAGCAAUUUGGACCGCUGUCGGCGCGUUCCUGGCUGGCCUUGGCCUCAUUCAUCAAGCAAGCAUGGACUUGACGUUCGAGCGUUUCUUGUGCGGGGGUCCGCCACCAGCUGAUGGAGCCGAAGCAGGGAGCAGCUGCAAUGAUUUCGGGACCUCUGCAUGCUCAUUCGUGCUGGGAUAUUUGCAAGUUUCCCUCUUGAUGGUCGGCAUGUGGUGGCUUCAGGGCUCUGCUAGUGACCGUGUCGCGUCUGCAGAUCGUGAGGACGAUGCGCACAAAGCUGAGACGAUGAUUCAGACCAUGAGCACAGUCGUUGCAAAGUGGAAAUCCUUCACAAGGAGGCAGUCGCUGACCGCGGCCACUCCACUUCGCCAGCGCCAGCUCAGCUCAGAACUCGAGCUGAAUGGACGCCAGAGCGCUUCUCGGACCACCAGCAGCACCUGA